UCCACGAAUAACCAUAUCGUCACCUGUACUGUGUAUACAGCGGAUUCUAUUAUUUCUGCUAAAGUACCGAAUACUGUGUAUAAUUUUUAAUUGAUAUUGUAGAUUCAAUAUAUCAUUAGUUAUAUAGGCAUACUAAAAUGGAUAUAAGGAAGAUAUUACUUCCAUACUCUGGACCAUGGGAGUCUGUAUGUUACAAUAAGAUCUUUCAUCCGAACUUUUGUCACGUUUGCAAAAAGACUAUGGAAAUGAUAAAUUUGACAGUAUGUAAUCGGUGUUUCUCCAUCUCUUAUUGCUCCGAAGAUCAUAAAAACCUGCAUCUUUCUCAACACCGCGAGAUUUGCACAGCUAUAGAAAAGUAUCUGAAGAACAACCCUCAAUGUCUUAUUCGCAGCUAUGAUCAGCAGGAAUGGAAAAAUGCAAAAAUGUCUGUCCGUCCAUUAUUGUCUACAACACCAGGGAGAUUUCGAACAGAAACAUCAAGAAAUUGUCUGCAACCGUUUCAUAUUGUGGCUCAAUAUUGAGCUCUCAAGUGCUCGGUACGAAAAUACAUUAAAGCCGUUAGAAUUAAGGAAGUUUCCCGAUAACCAAACACCUAUCGACAACAUGGUAGAAUUUAUAGAAGAAUAUGUACAAAACAAAAAGGGCGAAUGGAACGCCUUGGAUUACGUGUAUAGCGAUUACGUGUCAGGGCCGCUCUCGGUAUAUUAUGGUAUGUCACAGGCAGAAUUAUCUGAUGUUCUACUGACGAGAUCUACCUGUAUCAUUCAUAUUGUACAAGCAAGUUCCGUAGAAAGAAACGGUUUACCAGCUUGGGAAAUAUUGUUACAUCUUUUCCCAAAUAUACAAGAGCUAGCAGUCAUAUUGUUACAAACUGAAUUGGAAACAAAGUUACAAUACGAAAUUGGUAUGCAGAAGAUUUGUCCCAAUUGCGAUUGUAAUAAGAAACAAUUUUUCUAUGAAUGUUGUUCUACAACAUACAGCGAUUACAGGGCCAAUGGGUUAUAUAAAAAAGCGGACCUGAUUAUAUGUUUUGAAUCAUUGUUCGCAUAUGGACUAUUCGACGAAUGUUUAAUAACAAUGCAAUCUCAGCAAUGUCCUGUACUUUUAACUUCUCCAAAGAACAGAGCGUUACAUGAAAUAGCUAAGAUUCAGCAAGUUCUGAAUAGGGAUGUAUAUCCUUUCAGCUUUAAAAAUAAAUUCGAGUCUUUAAGACCACACAAAUUCACUGAAUGUAUUCUUUAUCGUAAUUCGUUUUUGACUGUCUACAAAACAUUAAGAAAUAUAAACGAUACAAUUGAAAGCAGUAGUUAAAAUUGCAUAUAAUUAUAUCUCCACUUUGGUGACAUUUUGGUUUGUUGCGUUCAUUGUCUCGUUAAUUAAAUCAAUGAU